GGGGGCUCCGGGGCUGCUGCCUCUCCUUGGGGCACCGCUGCCUGCGCCGAGCAGCGCUGGGGCACCAGGGACACCUCCUCUGACCGGGUGACGAGCAGCGAGCUCCGGCUCCCCCGGACCUCCCCGCGGACCUCUGUGCCUCUUCACCACCUCCCCAGCAUGCGGACACCGACAGCGAUGAUCGUGGGGCUGGUCCUGUGCCCCUGCGGGCUCCUGCUGACGCUCACGGGCACACUGGCACCCAACUGGCGGCAGGUGAGCCUUAUACCCGACCAGCCCAUUGACCUCGUCACGGAGCAGGGCAUCUGGGACAUCUGCACGGAGCGGCAGAGCAGUCACAACCGCCUCUGUGGGCAAGCUGAUGAGCUGGGCUACUUCAAGGAGGUGCCUGUGCAGGUGGCCCAAGGGAUGAUGCCCUCCUCGAUGGUGCUCACUCUGGUGGGCUUGCUGGUGGCUGCCCUGGGGGUUCGCUGCUGGCAGGAGGAGCCACGGCACACGCUGGCUGGCGUGGCAGGGAUUGUGUUGCUCCUUUCAGGGCUGCUGAGCCUUGUGCCUGCCUCCUGGUACACCCAUGAGCUGUGGGCACUGCCCGCACCGGAGGGCAGCACACUGGUUGUAGGCUACAGCUUGGUGCUGAGCUACUUGGGAAGCUGCUUUGAGAUCUUGGGGGGGCUGGCCCUCGCCCUCAGCUUCCACCACUGCUGCAAGAAGCUCAGGGCCCCCAAACUGCCUUCCAGCCCUGUGCUGGAGGCUGAGCCAUGCCCCACCACUGGGGCUUACCGCAAUCCCUGGGAUGUGUUGGAGGACGAGCGACAUGGACAGCAGUGGAGGAGCACCCUGCCUUGUGACUCUGACUUGUAGCCCCAGCACAGGGACAGCAGUGGGCACCGUGCCUGCCUGGCACUGAGAGGAGCACUGGCUCCUGCCCCUCCAAGCCAUGCCCUUCUCUUGGGGUAGCUCAGGGCAGGCUGGAAACAAAACCAAGGACUUGGCUUGAGUCUCUGCAGCCUCCUCAAAAGCCUGCUGUGCUCCAGGUCCCUCAACUGUGCCAAAGCUAUGCUGGGUUGAGGAUCAGCCCUGGCUGCAGUCUCUCCAUGAAGCUUUUAGCUCAUCCUCUUCCACUGUGCAGCAGCUUGGGCAAAGGUAGCUCCAGUGUUCCCACGUGACUGUUGUAAAUAAAGUUCAGUUAGCUGAAUUCUUUUAACUGUAUUCUUUUGUAUGAGUAGUUUUGCUUAUCAUGAGUAGCUAACAUUGCUGAAGCCUUAAGCUGCAAGCUGCAACCUAGAAAAGUUGAACUUGCCUUGAACUGUUGCUUAGUUAAGUGAACGGAGUCCCUGAGACCAGUGCAAACUGGAAGAUAAGGAAGCCAUGACCAUCAGCAGGAGGUGUAACCUAUCCAGAUAAAAGCUGCUAACAACCUGCCUGGAGACAGAAGAAGAAUCCAAUAAGGAACAAGAAGCCUCCAGAACAAAAAUCACAGUUCGACCAAGAGGCAUGUGCAAGGCACAUGAAGAACAGGUACAUAGACUGUAAGGGUAUGAAAGCCCAGGGAUUUCAUUGUUCCGGGUCCCUCUCCAGAGGCACCCAGCUCAAGCUGUCCCUAUGGAUCUACCACUCAAUUAUUAAAUUAUUUUUCCCCUGGCAUUGGAUGUCUGACACUCUGCUGCAGUAAACUUAGGGCAAAGACCUUUCUUUAACAGGUCGGUGACCCAGAUGGGAUCCUAGGCCACCACCUCCACACCCUCUGGUCUCCAUCCAACUGUUGGCAUUGGGUGAAUUCUGCUCCUGGGACCUUUGGAGCAGGAGGCAUGAAAGGGUGAGUAUUAAAAAUUCUCUAAGCAGAUUCAGAAACAAUGUUGUAGUGAAUUUGAGUCCCUCCCUUGCUGCAACUUGCUUAUGGGUGCUCAGCCUGAUCAUCAUUAACUGCACAUAGAAGGGGUCUGAGUUCCUCCUAGCAAUAAGAAAUACAAUCUUUUAGAUACAGACUAUUGACCAAGUCUGUGAUGAAGAUUGAAUCUAUCCACAUAUAGACUUCUCUCUGAGAAGGAGUUUAGAAAGCAAGAUGGUCCUUUCUAAAUCUUGUGUCUCCUUGACAGGUUUUUUUUUUUCUGGUAAUGGUGAAUAAAUUUGGUAUAGAAAAGGGGACACCCUUGGCCAAUGUACUGCAAAAUUGGGGAAAGAUUUAUGGCACAGCUCAAUUAUCUAAAAAGGAUGCAGUGGCCCUGUGCUGGAAGGAAUGGCCAUUUAUUACUAGGGAAGCUGGUGGGGCCCCCUUGGAAAUUUGACCACCCCAUGGAACAUUCAGUUAAUUAAGACUCACUUAUUUACAACACCACUUAGAGAAUGAAAGCCCUUGUCAAAUGGAUUAUUGGUACAUGUGGGAUAACUGGGCAUGGGCAAGGAGGCAUCAAGCCAAGGGAAGAGGAAUUAGACCUGGGGUAACAGUUGUGGUCAUGGACUUUAACUCCCCAGACAUAUCCCACCCCACCUUUUAUGUCUAAAGCUCUUUCUCAGUUUUCUGAUUCUGCUCUGCUGCCAGAGUCUGUCCUCUGGCUUCUAAUGUAGUGCCUAAUCCUGCUGCCAUGCAACCAGGAGUGGCAGGUAGAGCCCCACCUGUAUUGCACGUAUUUACUAACCAACCUUGGAAUCCUAGUGACGGCCCUAUGGGGAAGUAAAAUGCUGAGACUCAGGGAGAAUGCUCAACUAUUUUCUAACAUAUGCCCUGGGUACAAUUCACUUGUGGAGGUACUCGGACCUGAUGAGAGGGAAAAAAUCAUUAAUAAGGAUGCUGAACUGACUCAACAGAUGGGAGGAAACGGAAACUCCCAGCCAGCAAAUGAUCCAGGCUGGGACUAUAAUCGGACAUGAGAUUGAGCUGCUUGUCAGACAUGGCUCUGAAAUUUAGUAGAAGUCAUUAAAGCAUGUGGGGAGCUAGGAGUGAACUGGACCAUCAGCUCAGUACAAGAAUACAGUCAGAGACCUGAUGAGCAUCCUUGUGACUCCUGGGGAUGGCUCCAACAAGCUCUGUUCAAAUACAGAGGAAUGACACCACAGAACUUUAAUGACACACUCAAGAUUGCCAGCAUGGCAAAGAGAAAGUUUGCAAGAGAUUUUGUGUGUGUCUGUAUUCAUGUACGAUGGUCUUGAAGAGGAGCAGAAAGUUGAACUAAUGAAAGAAAGGAACACAAAAUAGCAGGAGAUUCAUUUGUUGGCAGCAGCAUUAGCCAAGAAUUUGCAAGUGAGAGGUGGUACGAGUGAAGGAAGAGAAAGAUCAAGCAGAGGCUUUAGACCAAGGCCAGGAGAUAGAAGAGAACAGAAAAUGUCAGAAGGAAAUGUUAUUUUUGUGGGAAUCUGGGAACCAGAACAAAAGGCCAGGUUUGUCAGACCCAAAAACUGUGUAUGAGAGGGGUUGCUCAGCAGAAGAAAAGAAACAAUUGGGACAAUGGGAAACAAACCGAGAUGACAAAGGAAUAGGGACAAUUGGAGGAAAACCUGUACUUCCAAAGCUGCAACCUGUCCAGAUAGAGCAGCUAAGGGCAUGUCUGGAGACAGAGCAAGAAUCCAGUCAGAAACAAGACGACCCCAGACCAAAAAUCACCACUGGACCAAAGAGGCAUGUGCAAGGCAUGUGAAGAACUUACAAAGCACAGGUACAUAGAUUGUAAGGGUAUAAAACCCCAGGGAUUUCUUUGUUCUGGGUCCCUCUCCAGAGGCAUCCAGCUCAAGUUAUCCCUAUUGCUCUACCACUCAAUUAUUGCAUUACUGUUUUCCCUGGAAUUGAAUGUCUGACACUGCUGCAGGAAACCUCAGGCAAAGACCUUUCUCUUUAACGUGAACAAGGUACAGGUUAGCAAUGUGCAGCCUUCUGGGCUGGCAAUAGGGAUGGGGAGCACCUCCCACAUGUCUCUGCUCAACACAGGACUGUGCAAACAGCAGAAUAAAUGAAGAGGAACGGA